UAAGGUGAUCGUCUCAUUUUAAUAUUACAUUUACGUGCAUUGAUUGGAAAAGUCAGUCGUUUGAGUCGAACGAGGACUUAAUUUACAUAUUUCCGGUAACAGUAAACACGCCAUCAGUGUUAUGGAACAAUGAAUUUAUUGGGAAGCAGUCGAAGGGGAUAAUUGGCAGUAUAAUAUCGUAGUUGUAACAAGACUAAAUGAGUUAACCUAAGAAACUUCACUAUCCUGUGACCUUUGAACUCUUUAGAAGUUGAUGAAUACCUAGAUCAAAGACAGUCAUUAUGAGUGGGUUAAUAGGGCGAAUCUUUUCUAAUGUGAGGGGUUUUUAUAAUGAGAUCAACUCGGCUACCCUGACAGGGGCUAUAGACGUGGUUAUCACACAACAAGAAGAUGGAACCUACACGUCUUCACCAUUUCACGUCCGUUUUGGUAAAAUGGGCGUACUUCGAUCCAGAGAAAAAGUGGUUGAUAUCGAGGUCAAUGGUUUACCAGCUGAUAUACAGAUGAAACUAGGAGAAGCUGGAGAGGCUUUCUUUGUUGAAGAAGUUGAUAAACCAGAGGAUGUUCCUGCUCAUCUUGCCACAUCACCUAUUCCAUCAUCCUUAGAAUUAAUGCAACAAGGACUGAUAGAAUUGAAGCAAUCCCACAUGCAUGCCGAAAGCAGUCCCUUGCAGACAAACACAUCUACGUCACCUGGAGAGGAGACAACAGAAAAUAUGCAAAAUGACGAUUUCAAAUCUGCCAUGAAAAUUUUAAUGAAAGACAAUAAAAGCGACAGUUCUAUUGAAGAUAAAAUGGAAGAAAAGAAAACACGUAAAAAAGUUUUAAAAAAGAGAAAGAUUGGUGGAAAAUCAUCUCCAAGGGUAAUGUCUACUUCAGUUCCCGAGGGCGGUGCCAUGUUUGACAUGGAAGUCUCUGAGACGUCAUCCGAUGGAGAAGAAGUCGCCCAAAACACAAAACUGUGUAAAAGUUUAACCUAUCCAUUAGUCGAUGAGGUAGACGAAGAAGCUCUUCAGAAGUGGAGGUCAAAUUCCUUUGUUCAUCCUUUGAGUGAUCCGGAAUUAUCUCCCAUAUGUAGUCCUGUUGCUACGCGACCACCAAGUCCCAAAAGUGAUACAGAAGUUGAUCGACAACGAGCAGAAGAAACUCAACAUUCCAUGUUACUGGAAGAAAGCGCUACGUGGGAUUGGGGGGAUUUUCCCAAACCUCCAUCCUCUGAGGCUCUCUCUACUCUAGUCAGCCAAUCCGAUGAAGAGGCCAAAUCCUCUCAAGAUGCUAAAAAUGUUCAAUCUGGUAAAUUGUUUAAACUGUGGAAGCGGGAAAGUUCCAUGAAACAACAGGAAGCAGAUGGUGUUUACCUAGAUGACCUUCAACUUGAUGACCCCGAAAUUGCUAAGUUGUAUUUGGGGAGUCCUAGAAGUUUUAUGUCUAUAAGAGAUGACGAUUGUGAAUCUGGUCGUGGAGCCUCACUACCUCAAUCCCCACAUUCAGUAGAUGGCGCUGUUGGAGGACCUGUUAGUUUUCUGGAAUCGGAAGUUCGUCACCUUGGACAUGUGUCUCUAUCUUUAUGUGGUGGAUUGUCCGACCCCGAUGGGGUUAAUCUUGAGAAGUUCAUGCAGAAGGUCGUGACCUUUGGUGACCUUUGUGAGAAACCUAAUAUGAUAUCGGACCCAGAUUUAGUUGUAAGAAUCCAUGAUAAGGGUUAUUUUAACUGGCAGGUGGCAGCACCCAUGCUUUUAUCGAACGUCGUCUUCCACAAAGAUCUACCUGAGGAUACAGUGAAAUCACUAACUAAAGAAUACAUGCCUAAGAAGAAGAAAACGGGAGGUUCUUGGUUCCCAUGGCGACGAACCAUACCAGAAGACAGAACUCUGGUAAUAAGUACGACUUCUGCCAAUUUACCAAGUACCACAAAUUUAUCAUCAACCACAAAUAUACCAUCAACGAUUCAUUUACCAGCUAAUACCAACUUACCGUCUGAAUCAGACGUCUUGUUACCUAAAGUGGAAGAAGCUAGUCUACAUGUGACUCCUACAUCCAGUGAACCAACUAGUGUAACAAGCACACCUAGAAAAGAAAAACGAGUAAAAGAUGUUGAUCAUCAUACAGUCAGUGAUGUGGAAUCGGAAGGUUCCGAGGCUGGUAGUUUAUCUGGGUCUUCGUCUGGUAAAAAUAAAAUACAGGCACCGGGUUAUAGCAAACCUAUUGAUACUGGUACACAUGACACUUGUAAAAAGAGUCUACGUUUAACGACAGAACAAAUUAAAAAAUUAAAUCUACAUGAAGGUGUAAAUGAGGUUACUUUCUCUGUAACAACUCAGUAUCAAGGUACAACACGAUGUACAUCACAUAUCUAUCUGUGGAAAUACGAUGAUAAAAUAAUUAUAUCAGAUAUAGAUGGCACUAUCACCAAGUCAGACGUGUUAGGUCAGAUUCUACCAAUCAUAGGGCGUGACUGGUCUCAAUCCGGUGUUGCAGAUUUAUUUACACGUAUAGGUAAUAACGGCUACAAGUUCCUGUAUCUAUCGGCACGAGCCAUUGGUCAAUCUAAAGUAACUAAAGAUUUAUUGAAGAAUAUAAAACAAGGGAACCUGGUUUUACCAGACGGACCAUUAUUACUCAAUCCGACAUCUUUAAUUAGCGCUUUUCACAGGGAAGUGAUAGUAAAGAAUCCAGAAGAAUUUAAAAUCAACUGUUUAAAAGAUAUAGCUGAUCUGUUCCCUGCUUCACCAUUUUAUGCUGGCUUCGGUAAUAAAAUUAAUGAUGUUGUGGCAUACAGAGCUUUAAAUAUUCCAAGUUUCCGUAUUUUUACCAUCAACCAUAAAGGGGAGUUAACUCACGAUCUAUCCUAUAAAUUUCAGUCAUCGUAUACAAGCCUUAGUAACAUCAGUGAUCAUUUCUUUCCUCCAUUAUUGAAGAAACGAGGACCAACCAAUGAAUUUAGUUCUGUGAAUUAUUGGCGACAGCCAUUACCAGAGAUUGAGUCAUUUGAAGAGGACACAGUUUUAACUUUAGACGAAACAAUAUAAGAUGAUUCUUGUCGUAACUUUAGAUUGAUACAAUAUAGGGUGAUCCUAGUCUUAAGUUUAGAUGGAACAAUUUAGGAUGAUCCAUUAAAUGAACAAUAUGGGAUGAUCCUAGACAUUAGAUGAAACAAUAUAGGAUGAUCCUAGUCAGAAUUAUAGAUGAAACAAUAUAUAAAUGUAUAUAGGAUGUUCCAAGCCAAAUUUUACUACUAAACCUCUGUUUGUGAGUGCACGAUCCUAUUGUGUAAAAUUUGAUCCUAUUGUGUAAAAUUUGAUCCCGGCAUUUGUCAAGAUUGUGAAUCAAGCCAAAAUGUUUUCAUUCGCACAAGACAGCACCUUCAUGUGGAGAGUAGUUUUGACAGUGCUGGUCAGUGAAGAUCUCAAAAUAUUUAUGACGUCACUUUAAGUCAGAGGUUGAAGGAUUGAAGAGAUACAUAGAAUCAUAGUGUUAAUAGUGUUACACGUCACUUUGGUCAACAAAAAAACUAAUAUUGAUAUCAUUUUUUAUCAUGUGGUCAAGUUAAGUUUGGGGUUUCACCUUUGCUACUCCCCAAAAUAGUUAGUAUUAUAUAACACCCCAUUUAAAAACAAAAAUCUCCAGAAAAAAAGAAAAUAACCACAGCCAAAUUUUGAAUAUUUUUUUGUUUUGUUUUAAAUUUUAAUAAGUUUAAACUCCACAGAACACAAUUUGUUUGAGUACUGCUGAAAAUAGACUGUUGUAAACUGUACAGAACAAAUUAUUAUGUCGCAACAAAUAAUGUGUUUACAAAAAUGGACAAUUGGAAUGAUUGUUUAACAGAUGUUUUUUUUUAUUAUUAUUGUGAACUGCACAAUAUAGGUUAAAUCUACCUGCAUCAAGAUAAGGUGGGCGGAGCCAAAGUAGAAUUCAGUUACCAUAACAAUAGCUUUAAUCAUAUACAGCGGAAUAAAAUGGACAAAUGAAUAAGUAAAAAUGAAAAAAUGAUUGAUAAUGAAUAAGAAUAAUGGACGAAUGAAGCUGAAAAAUGGACAAUUGAUGAAGAAAAAAUGGACAAAUGAAUAUGAUAAAAAAAAUGGACAAUUUUAUAUGAAAAAUGGACAAGUUAAUAAGAAAAAAUGGACAAAUGAAUCGGAAGAAAUAAUGGAUGAAUGUAUGGUUGAGCUUUACAGUUUAAUGAGAAUGAAAACAAGAGAAUGUGAAAUGCUCAGGUUAUAUACUUUGAUCAGAAAUCAGAUUAAACAAUUUAUAUUAUUUUUGUUAUGUUUGAACAAAAUUUGAAAGUGCUGUUAAGUUUUAUAUUAUUAUUUAUUUAUGAACAACAAUUUAUGGAACCCAGAAAGUGAUGAUGGAAAUGUGCAUGUUAUUGCGAGUGCGGAUAUAGUGUGAUAUGUUGCUUGGACAUAUUGAUUUUCUUCGUACCUGACGAAAUAUCAGGCACCAAGAAAAAUAGACAACAAAAUAUUAGGCACCUAGGAACAUUUUGAUGUUGUGCCGGAUCUAGGUCCUAAUAAAAUCAGAAAAAAAGGCAAGUCUGAGACAUACAAAAUGAAAGGUACCAGAGUGAUUGUGCCUGACAAAGUCUGAAAUGGUGCCUCACAAAGUCUGAGUUGGUGCCUGAAAAUCUGUGAUAGGUACUCUAUUUCCAGGCCUCCUUGAUCUGGUAAAAAGUGAUGUCACGACCUGUACUGGCCCCCGAGUUCACAAUGGUUUUUAAAUGGAAUAGCCAUAAAGUACAUGUAAUGGUUCUUGAUUGGUUAAAAUUAACUGACACAUUAAUGAAUUGAGAUGUUGCCAUACAGUUGCAAGAAAUCAUGAUUUAAACUUUCCAUUGCACAAUGUCGACAAGUAAACCACCUUAUGAUUGGCUGCACCUUUAUUGUAUUUCAUGUAUUAGCCAAUCCGGAACGUUGUUGGAAAAAUCGAUAAACUACUUGUCAAGUAGACUACCUUAUGAUUGGCUACACCUUUAUUGGAUUUCAUGUAAUAGCCAAUCAGAAUCAUUGUUAGAAUGAUCGAUAAACUAUUUUUCUUUUCAUAUGUAGAAAACAUUUUAUGUCAGGCUCUCAUUCAGCCUAAUUGCUAUGUCAGUUGGAAAAUUAUGUCUGGAUAAUUUUAAUGCAGCCCUGUUAUCCAGUGAAAUACAUGUAUGUUUAAAGAAAGACACUGCUGAAUUUAGUUAAUCAUAAUUUUCUUUUCUCCUGCUCUUUCUUCCCCCAUUGAAAGUUGUAAAUGUAGUUUAUAUCCCCCAUUGAAAGAUGUAGUUUAUAUGAAUAUGCAAGCUAAACUGUGAUGAAAACAUGUAUAAAUAAUGUUGUUAUGGAAAAUGAAUGUCUCAGACUUAACAUCCAUGUAGGAGGCGGGGUAGGAUUACACUUUCUACAGCUACAACAUUGGAUAACACUUCUCAAUGUUUAUGAGUUUACUUAAGGCAGAGUCACACUAGUGGUCUCUUAAAGAUAAAUCCUAGCAAAAGUUAGUUAACCAGGCCCUGAGUUAACAAAGCAUUCUCAGACUUAAUUUAAGAAUUUACUCAAAUUUUAAUCACUGUUUAUGAGAUAUAUAGUUUCUUGUUGAAGUAUUAAAACAACAAAUUUUUUUAUAAAGGGCUAUAGUUUAGUUAAUUUUAAGUAGAUUCUUGACUUAAAUCGGAGAAUGCUUUGUAAGGAAUUGUGUCUGACAAAGUCUGAAUUUGUUCCGGAUGCGGUGCUUUAUUUCCAGGUUUGUAGCUAGUGUUCACUAACAUUUGGUGUAUGUAAUUCUAAGCGUGCAACAACCCUUUUAUUAAUAAUGAGCUUUCCUACAAAUAUUAAUAAUUCAACUGUUUGGAUGAGUUCAUCUUCAAAAUGUGGGUGUUUUUAAUAUUCAAUUUAGUACAGCAUAUUGUUGUGUAGUUUGUAUAAUAUGUUUGUGUGGCGGUGUAGAUAUAGAUAAUAACUUGUAGGCUUAGUUCAGAUUUUUUUCACACACAGACUUACUUAAACUUUGAGGGAACAUUGCAUGAAAGACAUUCUAUAUUUCUUCCAGUAACCCUUUAUUAUUAUUGUAGCGAAAAAAUAUUGCAUAUAAUUUAAUCUUAUACAUAUAUAUAUAUAUAUACAGCAUAGCCUUAUUUAGAUAACAUAUAAUUAUCUAUCUAUAUCCAUGAUUUACAACCUUUUUGGAUCUGUUCCCCUAUUCAGUCCUGUUUUCCAACAAUCCCCGCCCUUCCUGCAGCUCACCAUCAACAUGUUCCACAGUCAAAUAACAAAAAAUGAUGUCGAUACCUAGGGCUCUAUAUAUUAGAGUUCACAUGUUUGGGUAUGGUAUGGAGUAUUAUUUAAGUAUGUGCUAAGCAUAUAUGUGCUAAGCACAAAACGUGGACUGACCACAAUCUUGGAAGUGCUCUAUAGUUUUCCUAAUUCUUGGACGAUCCCCCCCUCUCUCCUCCCCACCCCCAGGAAGUGAUAAGUCUUCCCUCCCCUCCCCUCCCUGGUGGAAAACCAUGGAUGUAUAUUAUAAACUUGUAUAUUAAUAAAAUACUAAUGUUUUAGUAGGAGGUGAGAGUUAUUGUAUUUAUCAUGAUGUCAUAUUUACCAAACACACCAUAUUAUAGUCCUGGGGAUUUAUUCAUUCAAAUAUUACAUCUCUUUAAAGAUACAAUAUUCCAGACUAAAAGGCACUAUCUUCCAGAUGAAAAGGCACAGAAUCUUUCAGACUAAAAGUCUCAAUCAUCCAGACUAAAGUGUUUUUUUUUUAUAAUUGUUUAAUGACGAUAAUCUGGUUGAGUGGUAGUUAUACACGCAGUAAACUAUAUUAAUUUCGGAAUUUUGAAUAUUAUUCACCAUGUCUUGAUGUCCGAUUGGGCAUAUUCCCGGUCGGACAAUUUUGGGCGUUUGGAAAAAAGAUUCGGACAAGUCCGAAUAAACGGACAAAAUCCCAUCACUGGUUUAAUCUCAUCUAAUCAAUGGUUGUUUUUUUAUUAUUUGAAAAAACACUUUUCAACCCUAAUUCUUGAUUAUAUUUAAAUAAGGAAAAGGAUUAUUGUCUUCUGGGUCAUUCUGGCUUUAAAGGGACUGUAAUUUAAAAUCAGAACUUGGUUACUGUUGUGAAAUUUCAUUCUUAAAAUAAAGCUCAAAUAGAAAUCUACCAUUGCAUUUUGGUGAAUAAGAUCCCCCUAAUGCUAUAACAAGGACUGACCCAACAUCUAAAAUAAACUGAACCCUGCACUGAUGUUUGGAUGAGUUUAUUUUAGAUUAAGGGAGUGUUAUAUUGUGAUUAUUCUGUGUGAUAUUUUGUAAUAAACCACUUGUAAUAAAUAGAAAGAGUGAAAUACUCUAACAUUAUAUAGGAGCAAGUCUCUGCUUCUACUAAAGCGGUUUUAACGACAUGCUUUUGCCAUACUCGAUAACCACACUUACAAAUCAUUCAUGUUUAUCGACACAAGUACCCUGCGUAUUGUUGGAUCACAACCGUCUUCAUUAACCCAGAUGGAGCAGAACAGUAGGAUGUUAAACCCCAUUUCAUAUGUUUGGUCACAAAAAUGACGGAGUGUGGCGAGUCCGAGUGACAAAAUAGUGUGAUUGUUAGCAGUCUUAGCAGCCAUGAUUAAAUGUAAUUAGAUUGCCAAAGAGAAUCGAAAACGAAUUAGGAUGUCGUUAAAAAAUGCCUCUAGUUGUUGUCUGCCUUAUCACUAUUGUGAAAGCAGACUUUAAACCACCAAGACGUGUAAUAGUAGAAUUAAACCUAAAUAUAUGUCAAAUUGUGAUAAAUAUAAAUUUAUUAAACCUUUUAGCACUUUGGCCUUAAAGGACAAUAUUGCGUAAUGAAGGUUUCAACAGUCGGAAGUGACGAACGCAAAAAGAAAAGAAGAUUUAUCCCUCUAUAUAACUGGCAAUGAUCUCUGUGUUCCAAUUAUAUUUGGAACAUGUUUAACCAGUUCUAUCACAUAUGUGAUAAUGACUGACACCAAUAUUGUCCUUUAAGAGUAAUUUAAAGGAUACGAGUACCGAAGGCCUAGUAUUUUUGUGAGAUAUUUUGAUUAAUUUAAUUAUAAGAACAAAACAAAAGGUUAACAAUAUUAUCAUGUGCUUUGAACAUACUUAUGCCUACUGUAUAUAUUUAUUAUAUUCUUUGAGCAUGCUAACCAUAUAUAUAAUACAUGAUAUAUAUUUAUUAAAUGUUACUAAUGAAUAAAAAGAAGGUUAACAGUAUUUAUAAUGCACUUUGAACAUGCUUACCGUAAAUUUAUGGAUUUUUCAGAAGUAGUGGGGAGGGAGGUGGUAUUUGAAAAUGUUCAAAUAUUCCCAGCAAAAUACAUGAUUUUGUUGAGUAUGUCUUGGAUAAAGGAUACAAAUUAUUUGCAUCUUGGCAUGAUGAAAAAGAGGGGAUAAAUUGGCACCUGGCCUUAGAUAUGGCUAGUUUAGAUGAAAAGUACAUACAUCGGAUGGAUGGGGGUUAGGGGGGUAGUGACAUUGGUAUUGAAUAGGCGUGAUUUUUGAUUAUUGAUAUUAAAUUUACGUUAUAAAUAUUAAUUGCCAUUAAUUCAUUCAUUAGUAUUUAUGUGAACCAUUUUAAUUAUCAAAAAUCUUGUUGCCCAUUCCCCAGAUAACAUAUCAGUUAAUAUAUUCCCAACAACCUUAAAGAUGCAUUAUGUAAGAAUGAGAUAAAGAGCUGGAAGUUCUUGCCAUGAUAGUUUCAAAAUAGAUAUUGAAAAAUGAAUAUAUUGAAAAUUCCAGUCAAAUUACUUUAUUCUGAGCAAAGUUAUGGGUGGUUGAAUGUUUGACAACAUUAUCUUGAUAAAGUACCAUUACUACGAUAAUAAACAAAGUCUGAGUUAAAUUAUUAAAUGGUGAGAAUGUUCUAAUCAAUUCAAUAUCUAAGCCAUCAGAUGACCUAGAGAGUUUAUUAUGGGCUUGUCAUGUGAACAAAAUGUCUAAAUAAUAAUUUAUAUAUUUGAAUCUACAAAGAAGAAUUGCAAAAUGCAGAUUUAGCUCUUCAUUGUAAUGUAUCUUCAAAAAUUUAGUUUUUCACAGGUCACAAAUCAUAAAAUUUUCACAAUCAACCAAUAACAGUCAGUGUAACAUAAAUAAUGUAUUUAUAUGUAAGAUUCAUUGUGAUUAGCUGCCUUGUAUAGUAAUUAGCUAAUCAGAAAUUUGUCUUUUAAGUUGACAAUGUUUGUAAAUUAGGUAAAUGGUUGGGCGGAUUUUAUUUUCCUUAAAGCCUAGGACAGACAAGCGUAUUUUUUGGCAUGAUUGCACUGGUUGAAAUUCGCUAUCGAUUUUUUGACAACAGGCACACAUAGCAAUGGUCUCAAGAGCGUACACAACUCUGCGAAUAAAUUGCGUCGAUCAUGUCUCAAUGAUGUCUCCGAUUGGCUUAUAACUGGAAACGCACAAAACGAGCGGAUUUUCCGGCAAUUUGAUCACUGGCCGAAAAUAUCUAACAUGCUAGGUAUGGGCAAUCAAUUGGGAGAAUGGUUAACCGAGCAGAAUCAUUGUUGUCAUGAACGGACACGCAGGCAAUUUUAAAAAUCGGCGUGAAUGGGCAAAAAAAUAUGCUCAUCUGUCCUAGGCUUAAGUCAAUAUGCCAGGACUCUUGUUUUAGUCAAAUUUACUAGUCUGGACUCAGUCAUAAAUUGUCACAUUAUUUGGAAAAUGUCUUGCUGAUGUCAAAAAUUGACUGACUGAUAUAAAUUUGAAGUGAUUGCCCGUAUAGAAAACGAAAAUGUUAUGUUAUAGUAUGUCAUACUUUUCAAGUGUUUUUAUGUAAUUUCUAUUGGUUAAUUACUUUGUGUUCGAGGGUCGGCUUUCUACCUUAGUGUGGCUAUUGAUAGUAACUAUGUGAAUUGAAGAUGAGUACAGAUAAAUCGAUACGAUUUAUGACAUGCCUUAAAAUCUUUUUGUAUGGAUGAUUAUGAUUGGAUAUAUUGAUUGACCAAUAGGAAAUCAGCUUAAAUGACUGAACAGAAAUCGAUACAAUGUAUGACAAGCUUGAAUAUACUAAUUAACUAAUAGAAAAUUAGCUUAUAAUCCUGAACAGAAUGUACACGCCUGAAUUGUUUUUUUUGUAUGGAUGAUUAUGAUUGGGUAUAUCAAUAGAUUGAUUAACCAAUAGAAAAUUAGCUUAUAUUAAGUGUUAUACGAAACCAUGUCUCACAUACUAUUAUGUUAAAUUAAUUGCCAUAUGUUUUUCAUUUGUUACAAUCUCACUUGUAAUGUUUUGACAUUUACAAACCAUCAUAAUAAAAAUCAAAAAAAUAAA